AUGAAAACAAGGCAUACCACGUGUGUAGGAAAGGUAAGAGCCAUGAGGUCAAGCGCGCCAGCCUCGGCUUCAUCGACAAGCAACGAUUUCAAAUGCCCCGAGCAGUUCGGAUACUAUCCCGACAACAGCGACUGCUCGAAAUAUUACGUCUGCGUUUUCGGAGACCCGCUGCACGAAAGCUGCACGGGAGGACUGUACUUCAGCGUCGAGCUCCAGACCUGUGAUUGGCCAAGGAACGUGCAAUGUUCUUCAGCUUCCGGCUCUCCAUCGACUAACACAAAUUCAUCAGAUCAGAAGAACAAAUCCGCUGAGAAUCCUGCCCGUUCCUUGUCAAGCACUUCGAAAAAGACCUCAUCUCGAACAACUUCAUCGACCACAGUCGCUGCGCCGUCAAGCACAUCGCGACCGUCGAUUGUUCGGGACUUCCAGUCCCUGUACGAAGACAUCAUUUCUGGAAAUAAUUCGACGAAGAAAAGCGUCAGUCCGCCUCUGUCAAACGCAUACGACCUUCAGCAACCUGAGUACGACGAAGCCGUUCCUCCGGUUGUCGAUUCAGAGGGCGGAAUUCACGUCUCCGAUGCAGGUAAAUUCUUCGCGCCCACUUCUUCACAAGACAAGACCAAGCAGGCCCGACUCCCGAAACUACUCGACUUCGAAACAGACCAAAGGAUUGACAUCCACAAGAGAUUUGGCUCAACCUAUCUAGGUAAAGAACAUAGUUUCUGAACAGGACGGCCCGACAAACUGGUGUCACCGCCAAUCGUAACCGGACCCGGUCGGACAGGACGCAACCGGAACCUUCACGAUGACGUAAGCGUUUUUGUGAGACCGUUGCAGUACGAAAAAAAGAUCUCAAAUGAUGGAGGACCCCCAAUUUACUACGCCGACAAGGCCGACAACCCGUCAAAGGAAAUUGUUCUCGUAAGCUACCCUCGCGACGGUCGCUACAGAGAUCUGGCCGUGUACGAACCGCCUCAGAGCCGUCAAAUCUACACGUAUACCAAUCGCAAUCAGAGAUACUAUGCGCCUCAGCCGAAGACUCCAGCCUUCAAUUAUCCAAAUGAUCUUCUGCGCGCCCCGCCAAUAUCCAGUGGACCUCCACAGCUGCCCCAAACGCCAAAGCCUCACAUCAGCAGGGUGCAGGACAACCGCUACUUCAGCUUCAACACAUUCACUCCCGCUACCCCCGUCAGAUAUUCUCCGGUAAGUGACUUUUGCCAUCGACCGCCGUUGGUCUGGAAUCCCCAGUCGGCGCCUGUUGCCACUCAAGCCCCUCAGUACUCGAACCUGGACGUCCACAACAGGGAUGUGCAAGCACCGCAACCGGCUCAUCCCACGUCUUCCCAUGGGGAGGAGGACGUCGAUCAAGAUGAAUACGAAGACUACGGCUCAUACGAGGACUAUCAGAGCAAUCCUCCGACGACAACGGCUCGCGCCUUGCCGCCUCCGACGACCAGCACAACUACCACGUCGAGGCCUACAACUCGUAAAGCUCGACCAAGAACGACGGCUGCUUCUGUCGUCGCAAGUUCUCCAGCGCGACAAUCGCAGUCCGGUGGUCGCACCGGAAUCAAACGACCCGGGACUCGACCUCCGGGACCCUCGACAACUCCGCGACCAGCUUCUAGGCCAGCCAAUGUCUAUCCGACCCCGGUACCGUACGAGACCGCUGGAAAGUGCUCUCGCGACAUCUGUCGACUUCCGGAUUGCAACUGCGCCGGUUCCGAAGUUCCAGACAACCUCCCCCAGAGCGAGGUUCCUCAGGUCGUUCUGCUGACUUUCGAUGACGCAGUCAACGAUCUCAACAAAGACCACUAUCGGGAUAUCUUCGACACCGGUCGGAAGAACCCCAACGGAUGCCCGAUCAGGGGUACGUUCUACGUGUCGCACGAAUGGACGGAUUAUGGCCAAGUGCAGAACCUGUACUCGAAAGGACACGAGAUGGCUUCCCACACAGUAACGCAUAGCUUCGGGGAGAAAUUCUCCGAACAGCAGUGGUUCAAAGAGGUCGCUGGCCAGAGGGAAAUUCUGCACCUUUACGGUGGUGUCAAAUUGGAAGACGUCCGAGGGAUGCGCGCACCUUUCCUGCAGAUCGGAGGAAACAAAAUGUUCAAAAUGCUGCACGAAGCGAACUUCACCUACGACUCAUCGAUGCCAGUGUUUGAGAACAACCCCCCUUACUGGCCGUACACUCUGGACUAUGCGAUGUCCCACGAAUGCAUGAUAACUCCGUGUCCAAGCAGAAGUUAUCCCGGAGUUUGGGAAGUUGGAAUGAUCAUGUGGGUCGAUCUUCGUGGUGGUCGAUGUUCGAUGGGAGACGCGUGCUCGAACCCCCCGGACGCGGAUGGCGUCCAUAAGGUCCUCAUGAAGAACUUCAACAGACAUUACAAAGGCAACCGCGCGCCCUUUAACCUGUUCUACCAUUCAGCGUGGUUCAACACAGAACAUCACAAGAAAGGUUUCCUCAGGUUCCUCGAUGAUAUCCUGGCUAAGGGCGAUGUGUGGCUCGUCACUAAUUCCCAGCUGAUCGAAUGGAUGAGAGAUCCCACCCCGAACUCUCGAAUCAACUCGUUUGAGCCCUGGCAAUGCAACUACAGUGACAGACCCGGGCCCUGCAAUCGACCCACAACGUGCUCGCUCCUCUAUAAAGGAGGCGUCCGCUACAUGAAAACGUGCCAACCGUGUCCCGACGUGUAUCCGUGGGCUGGUAACACGGGAUAUGGUAGCAAAGGAGCCAAGUAA